AAGCUUGGGCAGCUUCCUCCACUGUGGGACUCGGGACAACUUAUCCAAGUGGCACCAGCGCUGGGCUGUCUGCGGGGUGGCUGCCUGGCCCCUAGAGCCCCGGCCAUCGCAGGCGGUGGAAUUCGCAAUGAUUUCCAAUGAGUUCAGUUUCCGAUGGCUCCUCAAGAUACUAGUUAUAGCCUUAGGAGUUGGACUUGUUCUAUUUACAUCCCGAAGUAUGUUCCUCCAAGCAGACUUCAACAGCUUCAAGCCAGAGCUGCCUCAGCCUGCUUCCAGUGGCCAGGUUAUGAAAUUUCUACCUGAGGAGCACCUUAGGAGGCUCUUCAGCUACGAGGGGAUCUGGCUCUUCCCUCAAAACCAGUGCCAAUGUGGAGCCUCUCGAAAACAACAGGGUUAUAACUUUGAGAGAGCCUAUGAUGAGAAGGAACUCCCGGAGGUGAAUGCGAGGAGACAGGCUGAGUUUGAGCACUUUCAGAGGAGAGAAGGGCUGCCGCGCCCACCGCCUCUGCUGGCUCAGCCCAACCUCCCCUUUGGGUACCCUGUGCAUGGAGUGGAAGUGAUGCCCUUGCACACAGUUCCCAUCCCAGGUCUCCAGUAUGAGGGGCCUGAUGCCCCAAUGUAUGAGGUCACCUUGAGAGCUUCUCUGGGGAAAUUAAACACCCUUGCUGACAUCCCAGACAACGUGGUGCAGGGCAGAGGCCAGAAACAGCUGACUAUUUUGACCAGCGAUCGCAAGAUUUUGAAUUUCAUCCUCCAGCACAUGACAUACACCAGCACAGACUACCAGCACAACAGAGUGGACAUGGUGAGCUUGGAGUCCAAGUCCUCAGUAGCCAAGUUUCCUGUGACCAUCCGCUAUCCUGUCAUCCCCAAGUUAUAUGACCCGGGACCAGAGAGAAAGCUCAGAAACUUGGUGACCAUUGCCACCAAGACUUUCCUCCGUCCCCACAAGCUUCUGGCCCUGCUCCAGAGUAUUCGAGAAUAUUACCCGGACUUGACAGUAAUCGUGGCUGAUGACAGCAAAAAGCCCAUGGAAAUUAAAGAUGACUACGUGGAGUAUUACACCAUGCCCUUUGGGAAGGGUUGGUUUGCUGGGAGGAACCUGGCCAUCUCUCAAGUUACAACCAAAUAUGUCCUCUGGGUGGAUGAUGACUUUCUCUUUACCAGCAAGACCAAGAUUGAGGUGCUGGUGGAUGUCCUGGAGAAAACCGAACUGGAUGUGGUGGGCGGCAGUGUGCAGGGAAACGUGUACCAGUUCAAGCUGUUGCUGGAGCAGGGUGAGAAUGGGGACUGUAUUCACCGACGGCCAGGACCUUUCCAGCGCCUUAAUGGCUUCCCCAGCUGCGUGGUGACUGGGGGUGUUGUCAACUUCUUCCUGGCCCACACAGAGCGACUCCAAAGAGUUGGUUUUGAUCCCCGUCUGCAACGAGUGGCUCAUUUAGAGUUCUUCAUUGAUGGGCUGGGGAGCCUGCUGGUAGGCUCCUGCCCACAGGUGGUUGUAAGUCACCAGUCCCGACAUCCAUCCACAGACUCAGAGCUGGCUUCCCUGGAGAGGAACUACAGCAAAUACCGGGCCAACACCCAAGCCCAGAUCCAGUACAAGCUGGCUCUGCAUUACUUCAAAAACCACUUGUGGUGUAGUACCUAAAGCCACAUGACCCAAGAAAAGUGCCUAUUUGGCUGCCUGUGGGUAUCUGGAACUGUGGAACGUGCAGUCUGGGCAACUAAAAGCAACAACAUAAACACCAACCACAUCCACCAGUGGACAGUACAAGUGGAAAUGGCUGCCAAUGGAAGGACCAAUCAAAUGUUUAGGAACAUUAGAAAUGGACCAAUCAUUCAUCAGGGUGGUGGAGAACAUAUCAAUAACAAAUUCCUACUUAUUUGUGAAGCAUGUGCACAUGGAUAUCUGGCCUCAUCUGAUCUGACCUCCUGGAGAUGAAUAAACUGGUUGUAUCCUCAGACAAAAGAAAGGAUGCUGUGUGCAUGAAGAGUAUUGGUGGAUAUAAUUUGCUGCAUUGUUCUCAGCAUCUCCAUCAUCCACCCUGUGGUUUGUUCUUGUGCUUG